GUUUUGAAACGAACGUAUAAACCGGAAGCUAAACCUGAAGUCGGAAAUGAUGCUUUGUGUGUAUUUGUGUGAGAAGAAGCGGCAGGAUUUUUCCUGAUUUUUACCCUGCUACGCUGUUACCAAACCACAGAGAUUAUUUUCAGGCUGCGGGGUCAGAGACUGUGAGUCACAGUUGAACUCUCGUUGACCGUUAGCCGUUAGCCGUCGGGGCUUUGUCCGUCAUGGCGACGGGAGGCGGCGCAGCUCCUCCACAUGUCGGUGAUAUCGAAGAAGAUGCUUCACAGCUGAUGUUUCCCAAAGAGUUUGAGAACGCAGAGACUUUGCUGAACUCAGAAGUCCAUAUGUUGCUGGAGCACCGGAAGCAGCAGAACGAGAGUGCAGAGGAUGAACAGGAGCUGUCCGAAGUCUUCAUGAAGACUCUCAACUACACUGCUCGAUUCAGCCGCUUCAAGAACAGAGAGACCAUCACAGCGGUUCGCAGUCUCCUCCUGCAGAAGAAGCUCCAUAAGUUUGAGUUGGCCAGUUUAGCAAACCUGUGUCCAGAAGCAGCUGAAGAGGCCAAAGCCCUGAUCCCCAGCUUGGAGGGUCGCUUUGAGGAUGAGGAGCUUCAGCAGAUUCUGGAUGACAUCCAGACCAAGAGGAGCUUUCAGUACUGAAGCUGGACCUGUACAGAUCCUGAUGUUGUUUACUGUGUGGAGGACUGAACCGAUGCUCAUCCUGCUGGGUUUUUCAUUUAAGUCUGUGUCCCCUGUCAUUCCUUCGUUUGUCACAAUAAACUUUAAUUGGUCUUUUUUACUUUUGUUUGACUGUCAAUACUUAAAUUUGGUUUUUAUGACCAAUCAAAACAUUUGUGGAACUUUCAUGGAAAAUAUAAAGGAGGAUCAAACCUCCGUAACCAGUUUCUUUUCUUUUUCUAGAGUUUUUCAUCUUCCCUGUUGAUGUAUGAAUUAAAAAGCUGGCUUGAGUGGGA